UAGAAGGUGCACAAGGUUUUACCGGAGCAUUGAACCUUCGCUCACCAUUCGGUCCGCAACCGUAUUACAUAACCAAUAUAAAGAAAAAAUUCACGAUGAAGAACGUCACGUUUAUUUUGGCUGCCGUGUUGUUGGCGGUUCUGGGAUCAGCGGAGGAGUCGCUAGAGAGCAGCGAAACGUUGACGCAAGACUAUCCAUUCGCCCAGCGUGCGUUCUUUUACUACCCCACCGGAGCGGGAGGCUUCCUCAAUCGAGUAGCUACUCCCCCACAAUCUUCAGUCGAUUUCGUCGACAGCUCCUUUGACAUUACGCCAGAAUCUUUGACUCAAGAUAAGGGGACCAAUCCGGCUGCUUAUUUCGUCCCGACAUCCGAUCUGCUGACCAUGCCCUACCCGUCUAAAAGCGACCAGGAAGCUGACGAGAAAGCCGCGAUGAAACACCUGGAAAUGCUGAAAGGCUUGCACGACGAACUGGAGAAAACGGAAGAGAAAUUUCUGAAGCCCAGCAUGUCGUUUGGAGGCAGCGCCGUAACACUCCCCACGAACGCGUUCAUGUCCCUUUUGCACAAACUCUCUAAAACAGUGACGAAAACUGUUGUGACCACGCAGAUUACGACCGUGUUUGUCAGUGCGAGUCCCAGCAAGAACACGUCUGAAACAACUGAUUCGGUCACUAUCUUUCCUAGCAACACCGACAUUAAAGCGACAGGUACUCCGACUUUGACCGUGGAAACGAUGUCUACAAUAACUGAAACAGUUUCGACGACUGUUGCAUCAACUUCGUCGGUGAUUGAAACGACAACCGCAGCUGCCACAACAACCAGCACAGCUGUCGAACCAUCAUCCACAGUGACGACCACUCCACCUUUGAUUGUUGUCACUACAAUCACAUCGACCAUCAUAUAAAUGGCUUUAAUUGCAGUAUGAUGUACGUAUUGCUCUUUGCUCAAUUGAUAUAAGUUCCUAAUUUUGAGUAGUCUCUUCUCAUUUCGCUCAGUUCACGUUUCGUUCAAAAUGUCGAGUAUGUCGUGACCAAUCCAAUACAAUGCGUUCAAACACUC